AGGACAUAUUUAUUCAUAACAAAUCACCCAGAUCUUCUCUUAAAUAUAACCGGAGUACACCGUACCUGAAAAUCAGAAUAAAAACCUAAAAGAUGUAAGGAAGACAACCUCGUAAAACCAUAGACCUAGUCAUUCAUACCAAUCAGUUUACAUUCUUCUGUCUUGAAUUGAAUACGUUGGUGCUGGAUGGGUAGAUUCAAUAACAUCGUAGAAGAAGAGAUGGUAAAAACCGCAACAAUGGCCGUUAGAGGAGGUAGACGAAAAGCCGUUGCGAUUGAAAUCAUGAGUUGGAUGAUUGUUUCAAAAACAGGCGAAUCCGUCGUUGAGAGUAUCGACAAACACUCGAUCAUGCGACGGACAGGAUUACCGGCGCGCGAUCUUAGGGUUCUUGAUCCCGCGCUUUCGAGCCCUUCGUCUAUUGUCGGACGAGAGAAAUCCAUUGUUGUUAACCUAGAACAUAUUAAAGCCAUCAUCAUGUCAAAUGAAGUGCUUUUGAUUAAUCUUUCUAGCCCUUUUUUUAUUCGGUUCCUUCAAGAUCUUCAAAAGCGUGUUCCGUGUAAUAUUCAAACGUCUAUAUCUGUUGCUGAUGGCGUGGAAGGUGAUCCUGAAAAGAAACCUUUAUUGGAAGAAACGUCGCAGAUCGGCGAUGAUUCUCCGAAAAAUGCAUGGGAGGGGAGUUUUGUGGAUGGUGCACCUGUUGUAGCGGCUGAGACUAAUCGUAAACCGUUACCAUUUGAGUUCAGAGCUCUUGAGUCGUGUAUUGAAUCUGCAUGUACGUGCCUUGAAUCUGAGACUAAAAGAUUGGAAAAAGAGGCUUAUCCGGCGUUGGAUGAAUUGACUUCUCGAAUUAGUACUCUCAAUCUUGAACGUGUAAGACAGAUUAAGAAUCGUUUGGUUGCACUUUCGGGACGUGUGCAAAAGGUAGCAGAUCAACUAGAACAUUUGUUGGAUGAUGAUAAUGACAUGGCUGAAAUGUACUUGUCACAAAAGUCUGAUGCUCACUUAAUGGAUCAAACACCAAUAAAAGAAGGAUGCAAUUCACCUUUUGAUGAAUAUAUAUACCAAGGUGAUGAACCAGUUCAAGAAAAAUCAUAUGAAUCUAAGCCUAAUGUUGAAGAAUUGGAGAUGCUCUUAGAAGCAUAUUUCGCACAAAUAAAUGGAAUUUUGCAAAAAUUGUCUAGCUUGAGUGAGUAUGUGGAUGACACAGAGGACUACAUUAACAUAAUGUUGGAUGAUAAACGAAACCAACUACUACAAGUAUCAGUAAUAUUCAACACAAUAACUAUGAUAAUCAACGCAGGUAUUGUGGUGGUUGGAUUGUUUGGCAUGAAUAUUCAUAUUGAUCUCUUUGAUGGCCAACCUCGUCAAUUUUGGGCCACAACAGUUGGCACAGUUGUGAGUUGCUUAUUGCUAUUCCUUGUUUCUAUUUGGUGGGGUAAAAAAAAAUAUUUACUAUCUGAAUAGAGAAAAAUCACUGGUAUGCAAUGAUUUAGAUUAUUCAUAGUUUAUGUGUAAAUGAUUAGAGGGAGAAACUUGCAACAUUAUUUAAUUUUGGUUAUAGUUUUGUUUUUUCUUGUGAACUGUU